AUGGCAGCGACAGAGCAGUAUAUCCAGCUUGCAAAAGCGCUCCCGGCGCGUCUCCAGCGAUUCCUCGCCCGUUAUCCUCCUCCGUCCAUCCUUCCCGCCGGCACCAACCCGGAGACCUUCAAGACGGGCUACCAAGAAGCCACCCCGAACCCCUUCAAACCGCAUAAGCAUCCCGUAACCGGAAAGCGCCACGAGCCGGUAUACUCGCUGCGACGGCAAGCGGAGCUGGUCAAGCUGGCUCGCGAACAUGGCGUAGAAGAGCUGCUGCCGCACACCGUCAAGGCAACCGAACACCGACUGGCAGAACGCGUCGAGCACGGUCUUAGGGUUAAGGGUACAGGUGUAGGACAGAAGGUCAAGGGACACAUACACGAGAGGACCAGUAUCCAAAGAAUGGAAAAGAAGAGAACCGCUAUGCUGGAGAUGCCCGAUCUGAUGAGGGAAUGGAAGAAGGUUGGCAGAUACAGGUGGAAGAAGUUCCCCAAAUAAGCGACGACGACACGUCAGAAAGAACAUUCGGAUUCAGCAAUCUGUGUAUAUACUACCUCUGUAUCACCAUGUACCACGAACAAGUUCCUUUCCACAAGCUCAGGG